UGUGUGUGUGUUUCUAUAGUGUAGAUACUGGAAGAAGUCCCAUGACUCAAAGAGUGAUAAUGAACGAUACAUAUUAUACAAGCGAUGGGCUCGUUUUGGACAAUUCUACAAGGAGCAGCCUCUUAACCUCAUCAGAAAAUAUUACGGGGAGAAGAUUGGAAUAUAUUUUGCGUGGCUCGGAUUCUACACGGAAAUGUUGGGAAUCGCUGGUGCAGUUGGCUUCCUCUGCUUUUUGUACGGCUGCAUAACCAAGGAUGGAAAUGUGUGGAGUGAUGAAAUCUGUGAUGCGGAGAUCGGAGGCAAGAUAAUUAUGUGUCCACUCUGUGACGGCUGUGACUUCUGGAGAUUGAACAUAACCUGUCAGUCAACCAAGAAUUCUCACUUGUUUGACAACGCAGCUACCUUGUUCUUCGCAGUUUUUAUGGGUAUCUGGGUGACUCUGUUUCUGGAGCUGUGGAAGCGGCGACAAGCCAAGCUGGAGUACGAGUGGGACUUGGUGGACUUUGAAGAGGAGCAGCAGCAGCUCCAGAUCCGCCCUGAAUAUGAGGCAAAGUGUAGUCACCACAAGAAAAACCCUGUCACUCAGGAACUUGAGCCUUAUAUACCGUUAUCGAACCAAGCGUUCCGCUGUGUUUUGUCGGGAGCUACGGUCUUGUUUUGGAUCUUUCUAAUCUUGAUCUGUAUCAUUGCGGUGAUCGUGUAUCGGCUGUCCAUGUACGCCUCCUUCGCCAAGAUCACGGGGAGCAUGAAGAAUGUGAAGUACAUCGGCACCUUGUUCACCCCGCAGAUGGUGACCAGCGUCACUGCCUCCAUCCUCAACUUCAUCAUCAUCAUGAUCCUCAACUACUUCUACGAGAGGGUGGCCAUCUGGAUCACCGACCUGGAGAUCCCCAAGACUCACUUUGAGUACGAGAACCGGCUAACGAUGAAGAUGUUCCUCUUCCAGUUUGUCAACUACUACUCUUCCUGCUUCUAUGUUGCCUUCUUCAAGGGCAAGUUCCUGGGCUACCCUGGAAAGUACAACUUCCUAUUCGGCUCGUGGAGGAGUGAGGAGUGUGACCCUGGUGGCUGUCUGAUCGAGUUGACCACCCAGUUGACCAUCAUCAUGGCAGGAAAACAAAUUUGGGGUAACAUGCAGGAGUCACUUUUGCCCUGGAUUAAGAACUGGUGGGUGAGCCGGAAAGCCAGGCACCAUCCGGAGCGUCUGUACUCGCGUUGGGAACAAGACCAUGACUUGCAGGACAUGGGCCAGUUUGGCCUCUUCUAUGAAUAUCUGGAGAUGGUGAUCCAGUUUGGGUUUGUGACACUGUUUGUUGCCUCGUUUCCUCUGGCUCCCGUCCUCGCGCUGCUGAACAACAUCAUCGAGAUCCGCGUGGACGCCUGGAAGUUCAUCACGCAGUUCCGGAGGCCAAUGGCAGCCAAGGCCCACAGUAUCGGGAUAUGGCAACAAAUACUCAACAGUGUGGCCAUCGUCUCUGUCGUCAUCAAUGCUUUCAUCGUGGCUUUCACAUCCGACAUGAUCCCACGCCUGGUGUACAAGUAUGCCUAUUCGGAAAAUCUUGAACACCCAAUGAAAGGAUACAUCAACAACAGUCUCUCGAUCGCCAGCACCUCCGUCUUAGAUGUCAAGUCAUCGUACAACGGCAACAUCACAUCUUGCAGGUAUAAGGAUUAUCGCUACCCCCCUGGCCACAGCUUUGAAUACAGACACAACAUGCAAUUCUGGCACAUUCUGGCUGCAAAAAUGGCCUUCAUCAUCAUCAUGGAGCACGUUGUCUUCCUGGUGAAAUUUUCCAUCGCGGCUUUGAUUCCCGACGUUCCGAGCGAGGUGAAGGCCCGGAUCAAGCGGGAGAAGUAUCUGACGCAGAAGAUUCUUCACGAGUACGAGCUGAACAAACUGCGGGAGACACUGGCGGGCAAGGAGAACGUGGUGGUGAACAAGGAGAUGUCGGCGCAUGCGGAGAAAGUGGAACUCUUGAGCGAGGAGCUCUAGUCCACACUGUCGCCUGAUGUGGGGGGGAAAACCAAGAACGUUUCAGGUUUUUUUUGGGGGGGGAAUAAAUCAAUUUAUUUGAUUCUUCCACAAGGAACAAGAUGGGGAGGAGACAUCAAUUGCGUCUCCACUAAUCACGAUAUCGCUGACACAGCUACCGUCCGGAAAACUGUAUCCCUGGCGAGGAGGCAGUUUCACUGUGUCCGCCAUACUGGGCUUCUGUCGAAACUGACCGACCGACCGACCGCUCACAGUUCCCAUUAUUUGCCUUUCCUCUGAGACGGGACGCUUUGAAUGUGAAUGGACCCUAUUCCCGAAUGUUGCCACUCCAGGUGCAAUGAAAAGUUUGGGUAUAACCAUCAGGAAGAAGGUGAAGUUAUAGGACACCAAGUAUAAUUUGACCAUGUAUUAGAAUCAUGAUGCAAAUCUGUGGAUGGAAUGUAAUUUAUCAUCUGUUUAGAUAAUCACUUGAUCUUGUUUUUUCUCUUUGUUUCUCUAUUUAAACCAUCUUUCUGCUACUUCUCUGUUUUGCCUUUUAUUUUCUUCCUCCCAUAACUUGCCUGCAUAAUUUUUUUCACUAUGAAUACUUGAGCCAUUCCUUUCGUUGCCAUGUUAAAACGCAGCGGAAAUCUUACAGGGGGUUAGGUCAACUAAGAUGGGAAAUAACUGCUGUAUUCUGGUGCCUAGUUUUCACUACUGAUCUCCUGUGAGCCAUCUGGCAUCUAAUUUUUUUGGGGGCAAAAAUAAGUGGAAAAUAUAUUUUUUUUGUUUAAAAUGCACACAGAUCUUAACCCGUCUAGUAAUAUUUUUUGCACUCUCCGAACAUUAGCACAUUGGGGUUAAUCAAAGUCUGCAAAUCGCCAAUGUUCGUAAGUUUCUAAGUUCAUAAAUGAUAGGAGCAGAAUUGGGCCAUUCAGCCCAUCGAGUCUACUCAGCCAUUCAGUCAUAGCUGAUCAAUUUAUGGUCAGAGUCAUAGUGACACAGUGUGGAAACAUGCCCAACUUGCACACACUGGCCAACCUGUCCCAGCUACACUAGUCCCACCUGCCUGCGUUUGGCCCAUAUCCCUCCAAACCUGUCCUAUCCAUGUACCUGUCUACUUGUCUCUUAAACGUGGGGAUAGUCCCUGCCUCAACUACCUCCUCUGGUAGAGGAACAUCAAAGGCAUUGCAAGUUUGCCCAUUACUUGUACAAAUCCAAGAAGACUACUGAUUUAAAAAUAGUUCCCGAAGUACAAGGGGUUGUGAUCUUGUAGGGAAUAGGACCAUUUCUAUGUGUUGGAAGGAACUGCAGAUGCUGGUUUAAACCGAAGAUAGACACAAAAUGCUGGAGUAACUCAGCAGGACAGGCAUCAUUCCUUCUCUCCAGAGAUGCUGCCCGUCCCGCUGAGUUCAGCAUCUUGUGUCUCUCUUCAGGACCAUUUCUGUGUUGGAACCAAGGAAUUAAAUCCAGCAAGAUUUAAGAUGUGUAUCAAGCUUUUCCCAUUGCUUGCUCUAGCAAUAAUAAUCAUGGCUUGACAAAGUAAAGUGGGCACACAGUCUCCUGACGCGGGUAUCUGUCAUUGAAGUCUCCAGUCCGGACACACGCACUUCUGCACACAAUUUACUGCUUCCUGUGUGACUAGCACUGAAUUUAAUACAAAUCUGUGUUUAUUUAGUAUCUGGUAUUAAACCAAAUUUAAAAAAAAUCACAAAAUAAUUCUCAAACUGGCCAUGGAAUCGCUAAAUGCAACUUAAAAAAAAUAAUUUUAAGGUGUUGAAGUUGUACUGAAGUAGACAGUGAGGGUUGCAAAGAAGUUAGAAAAUAGAAAAUAGGUGCAGGAGGAGGCCAUUUGGCCCUUCGAGCCAGCACCACCAUUCAUUGUGAUCAUGGCUGAUCGUCAGCAAUCAAUAACACGUGCCUGCCUUCUCCCCCGUAUCCCUUGAUUCCACUAGCCACUAGAGCUCUAUCUAACGCAAAUUCUAUUGAAGUUGAGCUGAGGUGAAGCAGUGAUUUAUUGAUACUUUGUAGUCACAUGUGCCGAGGUACAGUAAAGUUAAUUGUUUUGGAUACAACCCGGUAAAAUCACACAGCGGACUUCACUGAGGCUGUAGACAGCAGUCAAAGUUACAAGAAGUUCCCUGAAUAAUCCUAUAUCCUGCCUGCCGCCCUACAUCAUUUUGUACACCUUUAUAAGAUCACCACUCAUCCUCCUGCUCUCCAAAGAAUAAAGCACGAGCUAUAUUGUGAGCAAUUGUGGCCACCAUAUCUGUGGAAGGAUGUGCCGGCUCUGGAGAGGGUCCAGAGGAGGUUUACAAGAUUGAUUUCAGGAAUGAGUGGGUUAACCUAUGAUGAGGGUUUGUCGGCACUGGGCCUGCACUCGCUGGAGUUUAGAAGAAUGAGGGUGAGACCUGCAGAAUUGAAACUUGCAGAAUAGUGAAAGGCUUGGAUCCAGUGGAUGUGGAGAGGAUGUUUCCACUAGUGGGAGAGUCCAAGACCAGAGGUCACAGCUUCAGAAUUAAAGGAUGUUCUUUUAGGAAGAAGAUGAGGAGGAAUUUCUUUCGUCAGAGGGUGGUGAAUCUGUGGAAUUCUUUGCCUUGGAGGCCAAGUCAGUGGAUAUAUUGAAGGCAGAUAUUGAUAGAUUCUUGAUUAGUACGUGUGUCAGGGGUUAUGGGAAGAAAGUAGACAAAAGUGCUGGAGAAACUCAGCAGGUGCGGCAGCAUCUAUGGAGCGAAGGAAAUAGGCAACGUUUCAGGCCGAAACCCUUCUGGAGAAUGAGGUUAGGAGGGAGAGAUAGAUCAGCCAUGAUUGAAUGGCAGAGUAGACUUGAUGGGCCGAAUGGCCUAAUUCUACUCCUAUCACUUAUGAUCUUUAACUUUUCUAUUAACACCGCCUCUACUCAUUUCCCACCCACUUCACCCCACUCGAUCAACAGCUUCCAGUUUGAGAACUAUCUCUAUGUCCUAUUGUCCUGAAAGUGGAAGAAACUUGAAUACAGACGUGUGUAAUUUAAACAAACAAAUGGAAGGCCAAUCCAAUGUGCCUGUUUGCUGAAUGUAGUUUUAGGGGCCCUAACAAUGGUCACAUCCUAGCUUUAACAUUCUUUUAAGAAUGAUUUGAAAGAGGUUGCAACAUCUGGAAAAAAAUAUUGGUGACAUUCUACCUAAAAUGGUCAGCUUCUCGACUGAGAACUCAUUAGUUUUUCUGCUUGGGAUGAUGCAAUGCUUUCCCCCCAACAAUUAAUUAUAAGGGUAUCUUCCUUGAUCAUGUAAGCCGUCACAUAAAAUUGAGACUCGGAAUGUUUUUCAGCUCAAUGGAAGAAAGCCAUUGAGUUGUGUCUAUUCGACACUUGGGUCUAUUAUGGGUGGUAGGUAUUAUCCAUCUUUGGUCAUUCGAUGGACAAUAGGUGCAGGAGUAGGCCAUUCGGCCCUUCGAGCCAGCACUGCCGUUCAAUGUGAUAACUGCUGAUCAUCCAAUAUCAGUACCCCGUUCCUGCCUUCUCCCCAUAUCCCCGUGAUUUCAUUUGCCCUAAGAGCUCUAUCUAACUCUCUCUUGAAAACAUCCAGUGAAUUGACCUCCACUGCCUUCUGGGGCAGAGAAUUCCACACAUCCGAUCAUCCCCAAUCAGUUCCUGCCUUCUCCCCAUGUCCCCUGACUCCACUAUCUUUAAGUGCCCUAUCUAGCUCUCUCUUGAAAGCAUCCAGAGAACCGGCCUCCACUGCCCCCUGAGGCAGAGAAUCCCACCACUGCUCCUUUGAAGGCUGUAGAGGAGCCAGGCUUUGAGAGAAAAGUGUGUACCAUUGAGAGCAGCAACAUCGGACAAAUCUCCACCCUCAAUGCCAUGUUGACAAAGGGGCUGGAUAUUGGCGCUCAUGUGAGUUAUGAUUCUCCAAAUGAAGGAUUUCCUUAUGGAAUGCCUGUGCUAGUAUUACACCUCCCAAACAGUGUGUUGAACUCGUCGUCAAACGCAAUGGGAAUGAUUUGAAGAUCGACAAAGAAUGUUUACUUUGCUUCUCCAGCCCACAAGUUGUGUGUGCGUUGGAUAAUUCUUCAUUGUCUAGUUUUCGCCUCAUUGGCUGCUGUUUUAGAAUUCAUGUUCAUCAGAGAUAGGAGCCAUCAAGUCCACUCCGCCAUUCAAUCACGGCUGAUCUAUCUCUCCCUCCGAACGCCAUUCUCCUGCCUUCUCCCCGUAACCCCUGACACCCGUACUGAUCAAGAAUCUCUCUAUCUGUGCCUUAGAAAUAUCCACUGACUUGGCCUCCACAACCUUCUGUGGCAAUGAGUUCCACCAGCCACUGGCUAAGGAAAUUCCUCCUCAUCUCCUUCCUAAACGAAUGUCCUUUAAUUCUGAGUCUCUGACCUCCGGCCUUAGACUCUCCCACUAGUGGAAACAUCCUCUCCACAUCCACAACUUUAGUUGUACUGAUUCGCUGAAGUCCAGAAUUUCACAGUUCCCAUUUCCCAAAGACAAGGUGGACCUGGUUUCUGUAUUCUGAUGGGCACUCAUUUAUUAGUUUUGUCUAAUUGAUUAGCAGAGGUUUUGUGCAGGGAGGUAGUGGAUUAUGAAUAUUCUAAUUUGUAGGUCAUUCAUAGCAAUUAAUACAGCAUGAACAUGUCUUGUGAAUUAGAUGAGAAAAACUGUGUUAGAUAUUUUCCAGGUGUACCUGUACCAUGGAUAGAACAUCCUAGGACUCAAAGUUCUGGAGUAAGUCAGCACUACAGGCAGCAUACCAAGAGAACAUGGAUAGGUGGUGUGAGAGGUGAUUACAAAGGCCACCUAUCCACUUGCACCUCCUCCAACCUCAUCUACUGUAUCCGUUAUUCAAGAUGUGGACUCUUCUACGUCGGCGAGACCAAACGCAGACUGGGCGAUCGUUCCGCGGAACACCUUUGCUCAGCCCGUGUGAACCUACCUGAUCUCCCAAUUGCUGAACAUUUUCAUUCUCCUUCCCAUUCCCACACUGACCUUUCUGUCCUCAGCCUCCUCCAUUGUCAGGUUGAGGCUAAACGCAAAUUGGAGGAACAGCAUCUCAUUAUUUCAAUUGGAGGAACAGCAUUUCAGCUUACAGCCCAGUGGUAUGAAUAUUGAUUUUUCUCACUUCAGGUAGCCCCGGCAUUCUCUCUAUCCCUCCCCCACCCAAGUUGCCAGCAGUUUCACAUUUUCACCCAACAAACAACUAACAAUGGCCUGCUUCCAUUAUCAUUGUUACUUUUCUGCUUAUAUUUCAUUAUUCUUUAUCUCUCCACAUCAUCAUCUAUAUCUCCCAUUUCCCUUAUCCCUAACCAGUCUGAAGAAGGGUCUCGACCCGAAACGCUACCCAUUCCUUCUCUCCAGAGAUGCUGCCUGUCCCGCUGAGUUACUCCAGCUUGCUGUGUCUAUCAUCAACUAUCCAAGAUCUCCAGGUACACUGCCUGACCCGUUGAGUUACUCCAGCACUUUGUGUCCUUUUGUGUAUUAACCAACAUCUGCAGUUCCUCAUUUCUAAAGCUCGAUUAGCUAUGCUAAUUUUCUUUUUCUAUUAUUGCAUGAUUAUUAACAAAUGUCAUUAGAAAUGGCUCAAAAACAAUCUGUAGUUCACUGCAGGCAAGAUGUACAGAAUGAUUCCACAAUGGUUUUCACAGUACGUGCUAAUUCACUCCAGGUUACUUCGAGAAAAUGCUUGUGCAUUUGUGUGAAGAGCUUUUUCGUUUUAAAAAAAAAUACUUUUAUAAAUGCUUAAAUUGAACAAAUUAUUUUGAGUUUGCAUCUUUAACAAAUCUGAAUGGAAAUCAGCCAAGAAAUACAAAAUAAUAUUUUGAAGCAUUUGCACUACAAAAAUAACCAUAUGAAUGUUCGGAGAUGGAAUUGUGGAUGAUCAGCCACGAUCAGAUUGAGUUGGGGUGCUGGCUCGAAGGGCCGAAUGGCCUACUCCUGCACCUAUUGUAUAUUGAAAUAAUCCAUUACGAUGCAUUUAAAUCACAAAAUUUCAAGCAAUUGGAUGUUGUGUCGAUGUGGCGAUUUGAAUUUCAUAUAAUAUUUGUAGAAUUGCUGUAUAUAUUAAAUAUGUCGCUAUCUAAUCUUGUAACAAUUACUUGACUAAGUUGUAGUAAUGAAGUUGGCUGUAACUUAAAUGGCUGAAGUGUUUUGUAAAAACAAAUACAGGUGCCUUCAAAGGAAACCUCGUAGAACAUAAAAAAUAUUAAAUAUGUACAUUAAAUAUGACUGUUACUAAGGGGGAGGAAUGAUCUUUGGCUGCCAGUAUUAAUAGGAUAUUUUAUACUCUCCUUGCAGUGCCUUUGAAGCCAAUGUAAGCAAAUGUGGGGAGAUGAGUAGAUGAUCAGGAUCCACACACAGUUAGCAUGGGCGACCAAAAACACAUCAUUCCCCUGCUCAAUACUUUAUCCCACCUUGGCACGGCAGCUUCACUACCAGCUUCUUUGCACACUGUAAACUCCAAAGUUUCCAAAGGUUUCUCUGGUACAUUCAUCCCUUGUGAAUCCGAUUCUGGUUUGUAACCAAGAUGAAUGCAAAGUGCUGGAGUAACUCGGCAGGUCAGGCAGCAACACUGGAGAAUGUGCAUUGGCAACCAGAGUGUCUCCUAUCCAAGUUGUAAAAACAUAGAAACAUAGAAAAUGGGUGCAGGAGUAGGCCAUUUGUCCCUUUGAGUUAGCACCGCCAUUCUAUAUGAUCAUGGCUGAUCAUCCAUAAUGUUCCUGCUUUCUCCCCAUAUCCCUUGAUUUUGUUUGCCCUAAGAGCCAUAUCUAACUCUCUCUUGAAAACAUCCAGUGAAAUGACCUCCACUGCCUUCUGUGGUAGACAAUUCCACACAUUCCCAAUUCUCUGGGUGAAAAUGUUUUUCCAGAGAUGUCGCCUGACCCAAUGAGUUACUCCAGCAUUUUGAGUAAUUUUUUGGUAUAAAUCGGCAUUUGCCGUUCCUUGGUGUUGUUACACUUGGAUUCUAAGAGUUGAGCAAAAUUACUUUCAAGUAUCCAAGAACUGAUACACCUUCGUUACCAUCACAGUAAGCCAUAUUUAAUAUAUAUGUAUAUAAAACGCACAGUACAUAUAUGGGACAGUAUUAUCCUACUUUGUGAAGAAUCUCGCUUGUCACCACCAGAUAUUCUUGAGCAGCUUUGACUUCCAGAUGAAAUGGCUGGAAGAGAGGUGAAAAUGUCAGUGUAUUUCCUGACUGCUAAACUAUCUGGUUAUCUAUGUAUUUAUGAAUAAAAUAUUUUGUUCCAACUAAAGCAAA